AUGAGCCGAGGAGAAGGUUUAAUUGAAGUGCUUGUUUUUUGUCUUUUCUUUUUUCUGUUUUUUUGGCUGAGGAACGGAAGGAGAGGUCUCUGUGAAGAAGAGGGAAGCGUAGCGGUUUAUACCAGUUGCGAAGGCCUGCGCUGCAGUUCCGUGUUGGUGUCUGACGGAGCAGGCGUCUCAGGCACUCGGCGUCCAUCUACACACCAUUGUGCUUUAUUUAAAUACAUAUAUACAUAUAUUAUGGCGGACGGUUCCAAAGUGCGGUUCAGCGACGCCGUUGAAAAGGCCCUUGCGGAGGUGUGUCCUCCACGCGACCCGUUUGACGAGCCGGACUUCGACCCCGUGGAUUACCUCAACAGCCGCUUCCCCGACGAAUCCAGUCUCGCCGCGUUACCCGCAUUUCUUGAGGAGAUGACAAGCCGCCUGACGAAGACAGAAAACGAUUUGUUGAAGGCGGUUGAGGCGCAGGCGACCAACGCCGCCACCGCGGACAGAGACCUCCACAACGCAAAGGCUGCCGUUGUCGCACUGUACGAUCGUGUCUCGGACAUCAAGGCGAAAACAGCCAAGAGUGAAGAUACCGUGCGCGAGCUUUGCCACCACAUCCGUGAAUUGGACACGGCGAAAACAAAUCUUACGGUGAGCAUCAACACACUACGCUCCAUGCAGCUGUGGAUGCUGCAAUUACAGGUACUGUCCACGUCAUUUGAGCGCCGCAAGUUCAUUCAAUGUCGUGACGCGCUAAUGGAAGCGCAGAAAUACUCCGUUAUGUUUGAUAGCAUGAAGCAUCUAUCAAAGGUGAGGGAAAUUAAUGAUAAACAGGCGCAGUUAUGUCGACGGAUGGAACAUUACAUUCGUCACACGGUUUUUGGGGACAUUUCCCUUGAUUCCCUGGAUGAAACGCUUAUGGCAGAAGCCUGCGCAGUAGUAGACCUUCUUGGGAAGGAAAGCAUUCGGAAAAUACGCGAUCAAUUUAUUGAAAAAAUGUUGGAGGUUUACUCGCUUCGUUUUAAGCGUGGAUCGGAAGAUGCAAAGUUGGAGCGCACAGAACGACGAUAUGUGUACAUUCGGAAUCUUCUUGAGCAUAAUGAGGGACUUUUCCUCAAUGUGUUUCCACGUCAUUGGUGUGUUCCGCAGGAACUCUGCGUGACGUUUUGUCUUCGUACCAAAGCAGAGCUCGACUAUCUUCUUCGUGAGGCCGCUGGUAAUAUUGACGUGGUUGUGUUGACGUACGUUCUUCAAAAGACGAUUGACAUUGAGCGUGACCUCACCCGUAUGAUGGCGUGGAAGGAGGAAUUUCCCGGGCGCAGCGAGGUGCCUGAUUACAGGUACAAUGGGAUGAUUCUCUCCUCCUUUAAGGCACACAUGGACCUUUUUGUCCGUAAUGAAGACAAAUUGAUGGGUGACGCCCUUUCACACUCUCUUGUGGGGUCAUCCAGUGACGUGGAAAGUAUUGCUACCGGCAGUACAAAUGCCGUGGCGGGUGGAGCUGUGCCUGGGUGGAGCAUCGAGGGGGAUAUUCAUGUCGGUGCAACACUCCCAGUAGCAGAGGACCUUUUUAUUUUCAUUAAGGAAAGUCUUAAGCGUACCAUCCGUAUCUCUCAGCAAGACGUAUUGUUAGAGAUGGCGGCUGUUUGGCGAAAGCAUCUUAUACGCUUUGCAGAAACAAUUACAACACUGCUCCCCAGCCCUGCAGCUUCACGAGAAGAUAUGCGUCGCGCAUGUGUCAUUGUAAAUACGGCGGAUCUCUGCCAAUCGACAAGUCAAGAUCUUGGAGACGAGGUUUGUGCCCGUGGUGAAGUUCCUGCGAAGGAACUUGGCUUUGAUCAAGUCACCGAGGCCUUCUCCACCCUUUACAGCGGGGCAAUCCAAUGCAUCUUGCAAGGGACAGAGUUAAAAUUGGCACCUUUUCUUGUGGAAUACAGCAAUGCGGCAUUUGUCAAUCGUCGACCUGAGGAGCAGGAUAUUCACGAUGAGUCCAUACCUAUCCGUUCCAUGAGUGCUGUGCUGCACGACAUGGUAUUGGUGUGCUCGGCAGUACUGCCCUCUCCAAUUUUGCGGUUUCUUCUCGACAAAGUGGCAAACAGCGUCAUCCCCAUGUUUACAGACACUUUGUAUCGUAUGCGUCGUCUUCCGCCGGACUUUGCUUUAGGCCUGAUGCGGGUGGACUCCGCUGCGCUUGAGAAAAGUUUUUUGCAGCUACCAAACUAUAACGAUCCUGACCGUUUUGCUCCAUCGCAUCUAACGGGAUACAUAAAGCUUGUGCGACGCGAAUUUGACCGGCUAAAUCGCACAUUGAAGGUCUUACAGGUAGACGCCUCGGUGGAUACAUUUGUUGAUGUAUAUUACGAGGCUAUGCUACCUGAUGACCGCUCUAUUCAGAAUUUUGUGCGGCUUGUGGAGCUGAAGGGGCGAAAGCGGGAGGACGUCAGGUCGUGGAUCGCAAAUCUUUCCAAAAAAGGAGUGGUUGAAGCCACAAAACGCGAUAUGCAGCGAGAAUCUUCCCUUGGCAUCGCCACAGGCUCCACGAGUCAAUCCGCUGCAGCAGGUAACGGUAGUCCUAGUGGAAUUAAAAUUUCAAACAUUUUCUCACCGACGACAGCCAACACGUACGAGCAUCCUUCAACAGGUGGGUUUUCGAAUGCUUUUAGUAAUUUGGUUGGCCGUGCUGGGAGCAACGGUAACGCAUCGACGACGACGAUGCCAACGGCGGGGGCGACAUCAGCAGCAACAGCAGAGGAGAGCUUUGGCUCACGCUUUGCUAAGGCGGCUCGUAGCACAGUAACCACAAUGAACUUCCUCUCGAACUUUAAGAAAGAAGGCGGUAACACCGGCAGUGGUGCUUAUGGGCCCCUUAGGUAA